AUGGAAUCAGAAAGAUCUAAUAGCAUAGCUCCGCAGACCCCAUUUACUAAUGAAGAAGAUUUUUUUGAGUCUGAUUAUAGAAAACCUGAUCCAUUAUUCGAAACUAAUGGAAAUAACUUAGAACCAGUCGCGAGAUUGUCCUAUCUUCAUAGCUUCCAUCUUAG